CUUGUAAUUUGAAUCUUUGCAGCAGCUUUUUCCCUUCACCACUUAUCUUUCAGUUUACGAACUUUAAAUCUAUUCUGUUACGCUUCUUUACUGCGAUGUGCAUCCAGUGACUUCGAAUUUAACUUAUGCUGGUAUCUCUCAAUUGCACUUUGAUAUCUGUAUGAGGAUGCGUCGAACCAAUCUUGGUUCUUUUUCUGUUCAUCUUUUCUAGAUCCCUCUGUGAUUUUAAAUAGGUUGCUUUGUCACCAGUUCUGCUGCCAUACCCAGCUCCAGAUUCCCCCUCAUUCGAUUCCAGGAGCGGCCACUCUCCUCUAGUCCUGACCUGAUUUUGGACUCAGUGGACUGAUUAUCUACAUUGUACAGAAGGAUCAAACGGAUGAAAAGUGUUACGAUACCAGUUUUUGAUGCAAGUUUAUGUGGAUGCAAAUCCAUGCGGCGUUGUUACGUCGACAUGUUGAACACACUACGGGAUAAGGACGAAGAAACUUGUAUUGAAGAAGUUGCACCGGGAAUGAACACACUGAUGGUAUAUUUAAAGGCGUUAAAACAAUUUUGUCCUGACUUAGUAAAAGUACAUAGCAAUCAUAAGACUUAUGAAGGAAGGCCACUAUUUGAGGUAGUAAUUAAUCAAGUAAAUAACAAGAGUCUUGAUGAAGAGAAAAAGAAACCAAUAAUUUUCAUAGACUCGGGACAACACGCAGAUCCUAAAGGAACUAUCCUAGCUCUUGUUGUAAUACAGCAGUUAACUGCUUGCAAUGAGAAUUCAGAGAUGUCUUUAAGGGUUAAGUGGGUGAUUCUUCCCAGCGUCAACCCGGAUGGAAUGGAGUACGGCAUAUACAAUCGCCUAUCCUGGAAAAAAAAUAUGAGACCAUCAGACGAUGGUUUGGCCUUUGGAGUCGAUUUGACUAGGAACUUUGGUUUUCAAUGGAGUGCAUGCCCAAAAAUCAAAAGCCAAUUUUCGGUAUAUUAUCCUGGUAGUGGACCCUUUUCUGAGAAUGAAACUGUAUUCAUAAGGGAUGCGCUAUUAACAUAUAAAGAUAAAACGAGGGCGUAUAUAUCGAUUCGUAUGAAUGGACAUUCGUUACUCCACCCUUUUGCCUAUGCAGAUGUGAAAAUCCCAAACAAAUUGCAAGUUCUGAAAUUGGCCAAUGAAAUUACAAAUAGGAUAAAUCAGAGAGCUGGCGUGGUCCAGAUUUUCGUCAAUGAAUCUAUGUUGAGUAUGAAUGGAAAGGUUCGCUGUGGUAGCAGCGUCGAUUACGCGUAUGAUCUUGGUAUUCCGUUUUGUUUUGAGAUGCGCGUAUUCCUCGGCCGAUCGACUGCAGUCAUGGCCCAGUUUCAAGCUGUGCCUCGAGGUUAUAAUAGGCAGCUUCUCACGGGCUACGUAAGUGGAUUGAAGAAACUGUAUGAUGUAAUAGCUGCGGAAAAUCAUCCUGACCGAGACACAAAAAAUUACCUAAUGAAAAAAUUGCAAGUUACUGAUUUGCGAUAAAAAUAAGGCUUACUUAAAAGGUGAAAUUAAUAAAAUUUAUAAUAAAUUCUUUGUUU